CCUCCCUCUCAUGGAGGAUUUAUUUAUUUCUCCUCCGCCUCCAUUAGACCACGACGAACCACCACCACCAGACCACCACCAGCACCAGCAUCAGCACCAGCAUCAGCACCAGCAUCAGCGGGCUGAGCUGCAGCUGUGAGGCCGCAGGAUGAGAGCCGCGGCCGGGCCGGAGAGAAGAGAGGAGCCGCUGAACCCCGGAGGAGGCGACAUGACCGCGAAGGAGUAGACAGUGGACCUCAGUCAGGAUGUCUGGGCUGGCCGGACCUGGACCUGCACCCCCCGCCGGGACCGGACCUGCAGCCCCACCUGGGACCGGACCGGAGCUGCCGGACCUGAGUCACCUGACGGAGGAGGAGCGGAGCAUCAUCCUGUCAGUGAUGGAGAGACAGAAGAAGGAGGAGGCGAAGGAGCAGAGCAUGCUGAAGGAUCAGGAGGAAGUGAAACCUCCCUCAACCUCGUGGAAUCCGUUCUCAGGGUUCAGUCAUUUGGUCAAUAACGUUGCUGCCAACGUGUCCGAAGUUCUUCAAGUUAAAAGUCCGACUAACGACGAGUUUCAGACGAAGUUACAUCAGCAGUUUGAGAUGUAUAAAGACCAGGUGAAGAAGAUGGGGGAGGAGCCUCCGGUGGCUCCGGCGCCGAGGGCGGAGUCUCCGACCUGCGGCAUCUGUCGUAAAACAAAAUUUGCCGACGGUUGUGGCCGAGCCUGCUGCUACUGUCAGAGUCGCUUCUGUGCCCGCUGUGGGGGGCGUGUCCCUCUGAGAGCCAAUAAGGUGAUGUGGGUCUGUAACGUGUGCAGACAGCAGCAGGACAUCCUGGUUAGAUCGGGGGAGUUUUACUCCAACACGUGGGCCCCUCACCCCCCGACACCAGGACCCACGGGACCCACGGGACCCACGGGACCCACGGGGCCCACGGGACCCACGGGACCCCUGAGUAAUGGAGCCAUGGAGUGGAGGCAGCCCCCCCCAGGGUCGUCCUACGAUGGUGGCGAGGGCAGGAUGCCUCGCUCGCCCUCUGACCUGGAUCGCUACGCUCGCCACGCACCGUACGGCUGCCAUGGCAACAGGGAGGAAGAGCAUCAGGAACGGAGGCGACCAAUCAGAGACGGACGAGGCCGCUGGCACUCGCAGGACCACCCCCUGGACCAGGUCCAGGACGAGCGCGAGCUGCGCCGCCGCCAGGAGGAGGAGUUUCAGGCUCGUUACCGUAGCGACCCCAACCUGGCUCGUUACCCGGUGAAGCCGCAGCCGAGCGAGGAGGCCAUGCGGAUGUUAGCUCAGGUCGGCAGGGUCCGUCACCAGCGGCGCCAUAGCGACGUCUCCCUGGCAACCGCCGACCUCCUGACGCCGAGGCACGCAGCGCUCCGUCAGAAUCGUCCUCAGGGGCUGGUCGUGUCUGGAGGUCAGAGGUCGCUGUCUGUGGACCGAGCAGCCAAUCACAGCAGCCCCACGUCUCCACGCCGAAGCCCGUUGCCGCAGCAACACCUGGACCCGAGCUCCGCCCUCAAGAUGAAGUCGGCCAGUGAGAGCGCGGCGCAGAGGGGGCGGAGGAUGGGCAGGAUGCACGUGAUUGGUAGCUUCAGCAGCUCGGAGGAGGAGCUAGCGACCACGCCGGACUAUACCAGCUGUGACGAGCCUGACCGAGACAUGGACAGCCAAUGGUGUGAUCAGGGUUCCUGGCAUGGCAAGCCUGCCCCCAUGUCUAUGCCGGUCACAUGGCAACCGUCUAAAGAUGGAGAGCGCCUGAUUGGUCGAAUUCUGCUGAACAAGAGGAUGAAGGACGGGACGGUUCCCGCGGAUACGGGGGCGUUGCUGGGACUGAAGGUUGUUGGUGGGAAGAUGACAGAGUCUGGUCGUCUCUGUGCGUUCAUCACCAAGGUGAAGAGAGGAAGUCUGGCUGACACUGUAGGCCACCUGAGACCAGGUGAUCAGGUUCUUGAGUGGAACGGUCGGGUUCUUCAAGGAGCCACGUUCAAUGAGGUCUACAACAUCAUCCUGGAGUCCAAACCGGAGCCACAGGUGGAGCUGGUGGUGUGCCGACCCAUCGGGGAUGCGUCCAGAGCCGCAGACGUCCAGCUGGACUCCAGUUCCAGUUCCUUCGACUCUCAGAAGGUCGGCCCGUCCAUCUCUGUCACGUCUCCCAUGAGCCCCAGUGUUCUGUCCGGACAGGUCUCUAACCCAGCUGGAGCCGAGCUGGACCCCGGGACCGGGGCCAGGAGAGGAAUUAGGGGCAAUUUUAAGGCAUAA